GUAAUGGUCUCCACCACGUUAUAUGGGAGUUAUAGGGCCCUGGUAUAUGCAGAUCAGUGGCCGGUGCGGACGGUAUGAAAAAUGGCGUCGAAAAAUGCUGCAACUGUUGACACCCGAGCGGAAUUAGCUGAAUUAGUGAAAAGGAAAGCUGAAAUUGCAGAAACUCUGGCAAACUUGGAGAGACAGAUAUAUGCAUUUGAGGGGAGCUACUUAGAAGACACCCAACUCUAUGGCAAUAUUAUUCGUGGGUGGGAUAGGUAUCUCACCAGUAAUAAAAACACGAACAGUAAAGCUGAUAAAAGAAACCGAAAGUUCAAAGAAGCUGAACGCUUAUUUUCAAAAUCCUCGAUCACCUCAAUGGCUGCCGUGAGUGGGCUUGUAGACCAGACUCAAGAAAAAGAAAGAAACAGCGAGACUGAAUCUCAGACAGGCAACAGUGGAAGUGAAGAUAAUACAGGGAAAGAAUCAGGAAAAAAUAAUGUUACUUCUGCUCACCACCAGAGUAAUGCAAGCGUGACUGCAAAUAAUGGAGCAUCGGUUAACGGAACGGUAUCCUCAGACAGACCUCCAACGCCAGUUAAAGAAAUUGCAAGCAAAGAAGGAAAAAAUGUUCAGCGUGGUUCACAUGCAAAGAAAAAUACUAACAAGAAAAUUCGACAUCGAUGAAAAUAGUAUUCACUAAGUUAUGUGGUGCAAGAGUUGCCAGAGGACUUGUUUGCCCUUAUCUUUCUAAAUUAUUUCUGGGAAAAACGUCAAUUCUACUUUUGCAGUCAGAAUCGUUGUCUCGGGUUAAUAUAAGGAGUAUCUGUACUCUUAAAUGUAAAGUUUAACUUCAGUUUUAUAUAUUACAUACAUGGAACUGCAUACAAGCACAGAAUUUUCCUACUAGUGCAAGUUAAUGUUUCAUUAAACUACUAUUUAGGAAUGUAAUCAUUCUGCAUUUAUUAUGUAUUCCUACGCAUAUCAGUAUUAAUUUUUGUAUUAAGUGAGAAGCAUAUAUAAUGUCUUUGUGUCUAUUACAAAAUAAUCAGGUCAGAAUUUUAAUUUGAUGUUAACAGGUAAUACACCUAGAAUUAGUACAAUACAAUGAAUCUGAAAACCUUUUGUAUGUGGUAUAAGAAUUAAUCAAUUUAGCUAGCAAGUGACGCAAACAUUUCACUAAUUUUAAAGAGUAAUAAAAGAAAACUUAAAUGUGUUCUACGGAGCAGUUGUGUCAGUGUGUUGUUGUAUGUGUGGCUGACAAGACCAAACUCCAGCUUAAAGGAUAACCAUUACAUUUUUUAAAGAUAAUACCUAUAAUUCUAGUGUCAAAAAUGAAUUAUUGCAAUGUCAUAAGGACUCACAGAAGUAGAUGGCACUGUGGCACUUCUCUACAACUAAAAAUUAAAUUGGGUUAGAGGUUCCAUUGUUUUACAUAUAACAGCAUUUAUGUAGAAAAAAAUUAGUUGUAUGUCUAGAAAUAGAAACCUCAUUCUGUCUCUUCAUAGAAUGGUAGUGAUAAACAACAGUAAACCCUAGAGGUAAUCAGCCUUUUUUUUUUUGCUCUGAGACAAAUUUUGUUUUAUAGAUCCUCAAAUUAUUGUCAACAAAUUUUAAACAUUUUAACACGUUCGUUUCUAUUUAUUACAAUGCAGGUAACUUGCUUGAAAAUGAACAAACUUCAACGUACAAUACAUAUUACAAACUAUCAUGCCAAAGAAUACUGACUAAACUUUCAUGAAAUGCAGAAUAUUACAUAUUACAGAAUGAAGUCUGAGCUUCUAUCACAAAUAGUUUCACACAUGCACCAAACUUCACCUCCUGGUUGAUGGAGAAUUAACUGUGAAGGUUUGAACUAAUCUCUUCUCUGUGAAAACAAACAAGAAGAAAUUAGUGUUAAAGGAACAUUUUGAUCUCAUUACAUUCACUACUUUCGACAUACUUACGCUGAGACAGUCUAGUUCCAGCAUGACUAGCAAGAUGCUUUGUUGAUGUGUAAAAUACCAUAGGCAAUAAACCCACUACAACCAAAGCUACUACUAAUCCUAUUUCCAGCUUAAUUUCCUUUCUAUCACAACUUAAUAAUUCACUCCAAUCUGCUCGUGUUGUGUUCACCUAACCCACAAAAUUAAAAUAUUAAUCAGGGAAUAAAUAUACUGAUAGAAUAUAUUAAAAAGAAAAUCUGACAUACCGAGUCAACAAUAUCAACACAGAUGUUUCCUUCCCCUUGAAUGUUUUUAAGCUUUUCAUAAAAGUCAUUCAUGUCAUCAUAAAUUGUUUUACAAUCUUUACAUACAGAAUCAUUGUAAGAGCCAUUCUUAUAAUGGUGAGAAAAACAUGCAUUUACUUUGUGGUAAAAUUUCAAGAAUUGUUGGGUUUCAUUCCUUAAUUUAUCAGUAAUGGUACCAUUAACAACUUCAAGACAACCUGAAACAUGCUUCAAAGGGUCAAUUCUGUAGUAUGUAUUCUCCCUUCUAGGCCCAAAUCCCAGAAGAAUCAAAGAAUUGACAGGCCAAAUAUCACAAAAUUGAGAAUUUUUUUUUUUGGAAAACUAUAUUCAAAAUGUAAUUACAUAACUCACUUUCACAGUGACCAUUCUUCCAAAGAUGUUGAACAUACAUAUAACCAUUCUCAAGAAUUUCAAGUCGAUCAACAUUUAUUAAUAUUUUCCUACAUGGUGCCCCACUCUCAUCUUCUAGCUGCAAUUGAAAGAAUAAUAUUUGAUCUUCAAAUGACAAGUUUAAACCAGCUCCAAAAAUUCUUUAUUUUAUUACAAUAUUCUUGAAAUAUAUCAUUUAAUAGUAACUUAAAAAUAGUUUUAACCAUUGGCAGACAUGAUUAUGAUGGAGGCAGCAAAAGGCCAUUGAGAACGGAAAAAUUUUUUUUUUUUUGGGGGGGGGGUGUUCUAAAUUAAAUAUUUCUCCUACCUCAAUUAUAAUCAUCUGCCAAACAAACAUCAAAAAUACAUUUAGGUGAUAAAUGUACUAUU